CUCUUCUGCCGAAACCCCCGCCCCCGCACUGCUCAAACUUGGUUACCAGGCUGGUCGCAGCCGGAGUUGACAGCGCUGCUACAAUGUUAAAUUGUAAGGGAAUGUACGUGCCAUCACUUCAUUCAUUACUAUAUACUGGGGUGAUAAGGAUUUCACACACUUGAAAAGUACCUUUGGACAUAUAUAAAUAUUCUGCUGCCUCCAAAGAUUAUGGAAGGAAAGAACAAUGGCCGAAGAAACACUUAACAGCUCACAGUCUUCCUUUAAAGCCGCGGUUUUGAGGGUGGUUGGUGUACCGGUUUCUUUCUACAACAGUUUUACUCAGGUAAACUUCACUCCUACCGUAAAAAAGCUACUUGUAGUGACAGCCUUUAGUGCUGUAUCCUUGAUCUUACUUGCCCAUCACUUUAAACGUAGAAAAAGAAGAACUAUAAAAUCAACUGGCUCACCAUGGAAACAGGAUCCGUUAAUACCAGAGUUGCUUAGAAAUAAUAAAUCAGAAAAAGAUUCCAGUCGCUCAAGUAGUCGACAGAAUCUGAGCUUGUCUUUGAAUUCCAAGGGUUGCAAUAUACACACCAAUGGGGGUUUAUAUAGCAAAUUUUCUGGUUCAUUACAGAGCUUGGCCUCGGGUAAAAGCGUAAACACAUUAAGUAGCUGUGUUUGUGCCAAUAACUCUAGCUGCUGGGACAAAGUCACUGAUGACAAUGAAAUUAGUUUGGUUAAUAUACCAGUAACAACUCCUGAAAAUCUGUACCUUAUGGGCAUGGAGCUAUUUGAAGAGGCCUUGCGGCGCUGGGAGCAAGCACUAUCAUUUCGCAGUCGACAGGCUGAAGAUGAAGCCAGUUGUGGUUCUAUUAAGCUGGGAGCUGGUGAUGCAAUCGCGGAAGAAAGCGUAGAGGACAUUAUUAGUGCAGAGUUUAUUCACAAAUUGGAGUCUUUGCUUCAAAGAGCCUAUCGCCUGCAGGAGGAGUUUGAAGCCACUUUGGGAGCCUCUGAUCCCUCCUCUCUUGCCAAUGAUAUUGAUAAAGAUACUGAUGUCACAGUUAAGGAAGAUAUUGAUGACUUCUGUCUCAAAGAUACAAUAAGCAUUGCAUCUACAGAUUCAUUUGUAUCUGCAGCUGAGCUUUCAGAGCAUAGAGAACUUCGCAGUGCGUAUGCUUUGGGUAACCUCUGUCACUUUCCAUUGUAUGAGGAAGCUUUACAUCUAGCAGAAGAAGGGAGGAUUACCUGCAGAAUACUGAGAACAGAAAUGCUAGAAUGUCUGGGAGAUUCUGAUUUUCUUGCCAAAUUGCAUUGUGUGCGACAGGCUUGCCAGGUUAUUCUGUCAGAAAGUACAACUCAGAAAUUUUUGGCUGAAGCAGGAAAAAAUAUUUUGUCUUCUAUUAUUCUGAAAGCACGAAAGAACCCAAAGAGGUUUGAGGAGGUUUAUGAGGAAAUGAUGCUGUUUUUAGAGCAGACAGACCACUGGGAGAACACUAAAGCUGAACUUGCUGCCAGAGGGGUAAGGCACUUGAAUUUUUAUGACAUUGUCCUUGACUUCAUUCUAAUGGAUUCAUUUGAAGAUUUGGAAAAUCCACCUAUUUCUAUACAGAAUGUAGUCAACAAUCGAUGGCUAAACAGUUCAUUUAAAGAAACUGCUGUAGCUUCAAGCUGUUGGUCAGUUUUAAAACAGAAGAAACAACAAGUAAAGGUCCCUAAUGGAUUUAUUGCACACUUUUAUGCUAUUUGUGAACAUGUUAGUCCAGUCCUUGCGUGGGGAUUCCUUGGUCACAAAAGCCCUCUGCAUGACAUCUGCAACUUCUUUAAGGACCAAGUCCUGUUCUUUCUGAAAGACAUUUUUGACUUUGAAAAGGUGAGGUACAACAGUCUAGAGAGUCUGGCUGAAGACAUCCUGCAACUGCUUCACCGGCGUUCCGAGCUUCUAAUGGCCUAUUUGGGUGUAGAUUCGCUGAGGCAUGUCAACGGUUGUGUGGUCUCCCAUAGUGGUGAAGUGGGCAACAGUGAACUGGAAGUAGAUAUGCAAUAGUUUUCGCUAUCAUCCUGGCUCAUUGUUCAUAUUGUAACAGCUAUAAAAACAACUUGCUGUACGUACAGCAGUUCCUGUACAAAAAAAGACUCUCAGGGAGGUUUCCGCUGUUUAGAAGGUAGAGUGAAACACCCAUUAUCUAACUUGUAAAGAGAAAACAAAGAGAGUAUUAAUUGAAAAUUCACAUUCUGUUUCUUAACAUGUUUCUCUGUCACUUUUAGAACUUACAGUACGUACAACUGCAACACUUUAUGGAUUAUCUAGAAAGCUGCCAAAACGUAUUUGUUAUUUUCGUUUUGAAGUGGUAUGUAGUUAUAAAUUGAGUCUGUGCUGUAGAAAUGGGACAAUCCAUUAUGACUGCACAUCCAGUCUGCUCUGCUGUACUGUAUGCAACCUCACAUUGCUGCUUGAAAUGCCUAGCAGAGACAAUUAAUUUAGCACGCCAAUCUGUGUAGUUCUAAGACUUUGACGUUAGGUUGGGUGUCUUGUUUCUGGAAUGAAAUACAAUGUUUAAAUAUUUUAGGAUCCUACAUUUUUAUAAUAAAAUGUAUGGCCAUUAUGAAUGUAUCACUUUGUUAAAGAAAGCCUUAUACAAUCCAUGCAUUUUGACCACGGUUCACUUUAUAAUUUACAGGGUAUUUAAAAGUUUUGUUUUCUUUUUCAAUAUACAUAUUUUCAGUUUUUUUCAGAGUGUAUAAAACUUCUCAUAAAUGUUCAUUCAUGUAUAUAUUAUACCUACAUAAAGUAAUAAAUACAGUUUAUUCUGUAUGGUU